AUGGAACUAACAACUGCAGUCAGAGAACGGGUUCGAGUUACAGGACUGCAACCACUGGUAGAUGGCCUCAAUCGAGCCGAUAUGGACGUCCCAUUAAUGCAAGCUCUUGCUAAAAAGUGGUGGGAUACCACCCAUACAUUCAUAUUCGAACAAUUAGGAGAGAUGACAAUCACUCCUAAAGACUUUAGUGCCAUUACUGGAAUACCUGUGUAUGGGAGACCAAUAAAGAUUAUAGAUAAGCACAUUCACAGGAAGAAGGAUACCAUAAGAAGGUUAUUGGGACGACCUUUAGCCUUUGUUAACCAAAGAAGAGUUGAUAUCAAUUGGUUGUACCAAUCAUACAAGAAUAUGAGUACGACAACUGAGGAAGAUAUUGACAUAUUAUCCAGGGUCUUCAUUUUGGCUCUUUUAGGUGGUACCCUUUUCGCCCGUGCCAAUGAUAUGGUUCACUUGUUCUAUUUACCAUCCUUAGACUGUAUUGAAGAUAUAAAUAAUUUCAAUUGGGGAGGGUCUGGCCUUGCAUUCUGUUAUCAACAAAUGGACGACUUAUGCAGACAAAACACAAGAAAGAUUGGUGGCCUAUGGAAAGCUUGGGAGGUAGACUCAACCAAAUAA